AAAAGACCAUGUUUGAAUCUGGCGCCAUUUUGGUCCGCCAUCUUUGUUUUUGCGGGUCCCGGAUGCAUUUCUUGUUUCUUGUUGUUUGUCACACCGAAGGGCCACGCGUUCCCGCCAUAAAUUUACACAAUGUCUGAUAACGCUGACGCCAAGCCAGAGGGUGAGGGGAACGAGUACAUCAAACUUAAAGUCGUAGGCCAGGAUUCCAAUGAAAUCCAUUUUCGUGUGAAAAUGACUACACAAAUGGGCAAGCUAAAGAAAUCGUACAGUGAACGUGUGGGUGUUCCAGUAGCAUCACUUCGCUUUCUCUUUGAUGGACGACGUAUAAAUGAUGAAGAAACUCCCAAAGCGCUGGAAAUGGAAAAUGACGACGUAAUUGAAGUUUACCAGGAACAAACCGGAGGCCAUUGAUGUAACACAUUCCCACGAGUGUAGGACUAAGACUAUGUUAGGUUAAGGAAGUUUAUUUUUUGCCACACAUGUACCUUUAUUUUUUCUGAUUGAAAAAAUUUUGCACAGACCCAGCUAUGUGCAUCAGUGGUUUUUAGGUAAAUUUUGUACAAGUCUCCUACAGUGUAUUGGUGACUUAAGAAUUAAGAAGAGAUUGCCUUGAUUGUGAUACUUUCCUGAGUGGAUGGUACAAGUAUGCUUUUAAUUUUAAUCCUCCAAAUAUGUUAAAAUUUAAUUAAGAUUUAUCAGUUUUAUCCAGGCUUAAGCAUUGGAUGUUAAUUUGUUAUACUGUAAAUUUAGAAGUGAAUGUUUUUGAUGGGCCAUCUAUAGCUCAAACAGGUUUUAUCACAAAUCAUUUAAAGUUUUUUUUGACUUGAGAAAGACCUUGUAAACAGUGCAAGGUUUACAAUUAGCUAAUAGAUAACCUUUCCUGUGUAUGGUUUUUGUGUAUUAGAUGCAGCUGGACAUCUUAAUUGCUGUGAAAGGAAAUAGACUCUAUGAGUUUUAUGUGUAAUUCUUAUUCAAAUACAUUCUGAAUUUGCCCCAUGAGCAAGUUUUCAUUUUCUUUCUAUGAGGUUAAGCUAAUAUGAACAAUUUGAGACUUGAAUGUGCCAUUGAGACAUAAAUGAUUUUCACAACAUUGAAUAAGAAAGACGAAACAAUUGGACAAACUCGGUGGGAAAUGAUGAAACCCAAGUUUGUGUGUAUAAGGCGAAUCCUUUGUGGCAAUCAAAUUAGUUUCGGAAAUGUAUAUACAGUAGUUAAAAUCAUUUUCUAAUGGUAUUUAGUAGAUUCUACACCAAGUCUAGUAUAAAGGAACUGGUGUUCAUUGCAUGCAAUACAUUGUCAAUACCACACCAUAACUAAUCUGGAACUAGAAAGUAAAUUUUAUAAUAUCUUGCCAAAGCAUUUCUGACCUUAAAUUACCUACAUGGCUAUACACUAUAUAGUUUACCAUAUAUUACAUUAUAUUCAAACUUGAUAUUCUUAUUUUUCUCAUGACUUGAGUUUUCCCAGUGUUAGCUGAUCAUCCAUGCUAUUCGUUUCCCAAUGAGAAGGGGGGGGGGGUAAAUGUGUAAGGAGUAUGGGGGGACUGAAUUGGUAUCUUUGCAGUUAGACACACCUGCUCAGUCUUGAAUUCUCGACUUUUUUUUUUUUUUUUUUUUUUUUUUUUUUUUUUUUUUUUUUUUCUAACUAAUGUAUUAUUCUUUCUGCCAAUACUACCAUUUACUUCUUAUGAAGUUUACCCUAUAGUAAAACAGAUUCUUUAAAAGAAAUUAUCCUCAUUGGCAUCUGUACUCCAUCUUGCUGAUUUGAAAUAGCAGGAACACAAGAUUAUUCUUAAGACCUUUUUUUUUUUUAUAACAUGCCUACAUAAUCCUGUAGAAAAUGCAAGAAAUAUUGGGCAUUUUCCUAUUGCCUAUUAACAUGUAGGUUGGCUGGUUAAACUCUCUUGCCAAUUUUACUUUUAGUUCACACUUCAAUUCACUUCUUGUGUUUUUUAAUAAUUUUUAGUCCAGCAAUAUUUCCUUCCUUAUUUAGGAGCCUUGGUUUAAGACUGGCUUAGUGUUGAUCUCCAGAAUUGCUGUAAUAUUGGUAACAUGUACAGAUACUUCAUUAAUAUUCUUGUACAUAGACUUUAUUCCCCUCUCGUAUAAGAUAACCCAAACUAUUGUCCCUCACUCAGCCCUAAUGCAUACCAUUUAGCAAUCUAGUAAGAUUUAAGAUGGUAUUAUUAGUUCAUUUUUAUUCAACAGAUCUUUGGGGAAACUUUAAAGAAGCUUAUACUUUUUCCAAAAGUUGGAUGUGUAUAGUUGAGCCUCAGAAUUCAUGUGCUUUAUGUCUGAUUUGAUUAUUGCUGGCUAUUAGGCGAAUUGCUUUGAUUUUCACAUUUUUCCAUCACCUAGUGGAAAGCUUCUAAACUGAGAGAUAACCAUGGGAUUUCAUUGAAAAUGACAUAAGGAGAUCGAGCAAUAUGUAAAGGUAUAUAGCUUUUUUUUCUUUUCUUUUCUUCCCAACGUGCAGAAUUCCCUAUUAUCUGAAACUUCAGGAUUCACAUCUUCCGUAACCUGUUCACCUAUAUUCAUUAAAGUAAUUUAUGGUGCAAUUAGCUGAAAAAAUUUCUCUUGCUCUAAAACUAUAAAUGUUGUUUCUUACCUUCUACUCUAGAUUCAUACAAAACUAGAUUUGCAAUUAUCUAAGUUUUGUGAUAAAUAGUUGAAAUUUAAAAUCUAUUAUGUACUUUCAACAUUGAAUUUUGUUUCUAAUCUUUCCAGGGUAUCAAAAUUCAUAAAAUAAUUUCCUUCUGAAUGCUAUAAAACUCAUCAUGGAACACAAAGAAUUAGUUAGCGAGAGGUGUUCAGCAUCUCAUGAAGUAUAAUAUUUAUUUGCGCAUUGGUUGCUCAGGAACGUAAAAUAUAUUGAAAGUUACACUAGUCAAAACUGACGGUAGUUUGGCAAAAAAAAAAAAAAAACUAUACUGUCAUAGUAAAUUUAUUCAUAAUUCGUCUAAUUGUGCACAUGUGGUGGAAAAGCAUUCUGAUGAAUCAUGAUUAGGGUGAAUGGAUUUGCAGUAGGUGUAACUUCAGCAUUUAGAAAGAGGGAGCAUUAAUAUGUAAUAAGGUAUGAUAAUAGGCAUGUUACAGUAAGACAUGGUAAAAGGCAGUAACAACUGUAACCGAAGAAUCUGAUUGGGGGGGUUGCUUGAUGAACAGUUGGCUGGUAAUGCGAAGGAAAUCGAAGCUCUAACUAAAAAUAUAUAUAUAUAUAUAACUUCUGUAUAAAUGUAAAUAAAGGCACAUCUUAA